AUGACGGUGAAUAACGAGGGAUGGAGUUCGUUCAAAACGAAUAAAUGGCUGUUCACCACUCCCUCGUCGUCAUACGGCCGGCCGCGAACGCCCGUCUCAAAUUCAAGGGUUUCUGAAAGCGGAGAAAAUGGAACGGCUCCUGAAUCUCCGACUAAACGCGCAAAUCGUCCGCGAACACUAUCAGACCGAGGAAAUGAAAUACUGGACAACCAUGAAGCAGUCAGCAAUCUUUACGCAUGGAACUGGUCAGAAGUUAGAGAAAUUUAUCCAGAAAAAGGCAUUAUAAACCCUUCUAUUUACUGCUACGCGAUUUCCUGCGUACAAUUGUUGUCCCAUGUUCCAGCGAUUGUACGGAUACUUCAAGAUCAUCGAUGCCAAGAUCCAAUCUGUCUUUGUUGCAACUGGAAAAGAUUCUUCCUCCAAUAUCAAGGUCACGCCGGUACUAUUAACUGGUUUCGUGAUGCAUUCAGAAAAGACAAGAAAUUCAACCAAGGUCGCCAAGAAGAUGCUCAUGAUGCUCUUCUUGCAAUUUUGGGGAAAUUGGACAAAAUCGCUGUUCAAAGUCCACGUCUGAAAGAUCGGAAAGUGGCAGACGAUUUGUUCGGCUAUUCGAUCAGAAAUGAAGUUCAAUGCAGAGUUUGCAAGCAUAAGCACGUCUAUUACGAGAAUAACACGGUGAUGACUGUCCGAAUGCUCAGAAAAGAUCCAUCGGGUAGAAGUCACUCGAUUAAGGAGCUCAUGCAACAUUUAUUCACAGCGUCAACGAUUUAUGGUUAUAAUUGUUCAAAAUGCAAGAAGAAGUCGGACGCUCCGGUGAAGCCAACACUGUUGCGAGCGCCACAAAUUCUGCUUCUCCAUGUUUCUCGCUUCUCAUUCGAUGGUUAUGGAAAGAAAAUUUCAAGGCCUGUUGCUGUGAAUGAAACCCUUGACGUGGCGAGCAUGGCAACUGCCGGGCAAUCGACAGUUUACAAGUUCUGUGGAGCUGUGAUUCAUUAUGGAUCUGGUCUUGACUUUGGUCACUAUUUCUGCCUAGCACGCUCGCGGAAGAGGGAACAACAAUUCGUCAAUUUGAAUGAUUCGAAUGUCACUCUGAACGCCAACUUCCGAAUCGCUGACCAAUCAUACCUUGUUCUCUACCGACGCGCUGAGCAUUUAACUAAUAUCGGCGGCGAUAAAUCAAUGAUUUGA